AUGGUACCACCGAUUCGUAAUGUAACCGUACAUAGGGAAUUAACGCCCAUUACACGCAUAGCCGAACCAUAUAGGAGCAAUGUACGCAUCGCCGAACCAUAUAGGAGAGAAUCAAUGCCAAUUAUACGUGAACCUUAUAGUAGUAAUUGGACUAGAGAUGUAAAUGAUGAAAUGGAAGUAGAUGAAGAAGAAGCUAGGGCCAAGAUGAAGACGAUUCUAAAAACUUUUCCGAUUGAACUAGAAUUAAUAUACGAUGAAAAGUUUAGCAGUGAGUCGAAUGAUGAAAUUCUUCAACAGAUUAUACCUCGAUUAAUUGAAGCGAUGAAGCCAAGGUAUACUCCACGAUACAGGCAAGUCAAGUCUUGGCUUGCCGCUUUACAUAAACAUCGCAGAGUGCGUUUGUUAUAUAAACAACGUGGCACUUUAGACAAAGAUAAUCGUCGUCUACAUCGAAACAAUCGGUUAAAUGAGAAAAAAGCACGACGAGUUAAAGGCGCAAAAUCGCUUUUCGACAAAAAUGACGAAAAACUGGAGAAUUAUGAUCGAAAAGAACUUUUGAAUGUUUUAAGCGACAACCGAUAUCACUCUUCAGAGUAUUCUGAAUCGGAUGAGGAGCAACCAGACGGUAAAAGACAUAUCAAUGUUUAUAAUCCGUCUUGGAGAUUUGAAGAGUUUACUGAAACUUAUCCAAAUGGUAUGAAAAGAUCAACUUUUAUGGCACGUCUAAAAAAUUCUACCAAUUUGAAAUACCGUGAUGAUCUUGGAGGUUUAUGUCAAAUUUGCAAUGAUUAUGGAUUUGAGAAUAUGAUUCUUGACCAACUUGACAAGCUGAAAAGACAAUUAAAGCGAGAUUUUGAAAAAGAACUAGCAGUUAAUCCAGAUGGUCAAGUUAUUCACGAUCCUUGUAUUUCUCAUUGUUUACCAUAUGCAUUUGGAGAGUACAAUAAUAAACAUAAAAUACAAUAUUUAAAAUCUAAAGAGCACCUGUUGUACUAUCUUUCACAUCAAGCAUGCAAAGUAUUUCUAAAUGCCCAGUUUAAUGCCACAUUAGCUGAGUUGAAUUUAAGUGGUGCAGUUAUUAUUGCUGAUUAUAAAAUGCGAAUAUUACCACAAUCAGCACAUGAAACAAAGCAAGAUUUUUUUGGAAAGCGUGGAUGGACCUUGCAUACUAUUUUGAUUUUUAUGAGGGAAACAAAUUCAAAUAAAUUAGAUAUUGAAGCUUAUGAUCAUUGUAAAAAGCCCAAAUGGAUCAAAGUAAUAUCAGAUAAUGAUCCACAUUACCACAAUUCUGAACUCAUGGCAAUUGUAAGUUAUUGGCAUACUUGGUAUGAUAUUGAAGUUUGGACAGUAAAAGGAUUAUCUGGAACUUCAUUAGCUAAUCUUGAACCCAAUCGUAACAAUGAUUCUGAGACAUGGAACAAUUUUUCACCAUCACAUGUAGCCAAACUUUGGAAUACGCCUCUUCACCAACCUCAACCAUCAAUAUCUCAAUAUACUACUUCAGAAACACAAUGGACUAUGUCAAUUGCAUUAGAAUCAGAUCUAAUAGAAAAUGAUAAGAAUGCUGAUGAAAUUCUCCCAAAUGAACAACCUAAUGAUCCAAAUUCUUUCAAUAGUAAAGAGGAAAUAGAUAUUGAUCAAAAAUUUCCAUUAGCAAAAGGGUGGGCGUUAAAAGGUAAUCAGAAAUUGGGCAGAAGAGAAGAUAGGCUGAAUGCUCGAAGUAUGCGUGAUGAACUAUUAAAACAUGUUGAAGCUGGUGAACUUGAAGAAGAGGACAUCCUAAAAGUCAAUACUAUACAAAAUUGGAUAAAUACAUAUACCUGUGUUUUUAAAGAAAGAGCUACAGAGUGUGAUUUGGCUAAUAAGUUUGAAAACGUCUUGAAUUUAUCAGAAUAG